GGAAAUGGAUAAACAUAUAUAUAAAAUCAAAAUUAGAUUAUUUUAUCUUAAUUCUCUUCCAAUGGAUUCUUCACCAUCAAUUUAUUUUGCCUUUCUCAAGAAAAAUAAAAAGUAAACAUAAAAUAAACAAUCCAACAUAUAAAGGUUCUUAGUAGGAAAAAUUAAUUCUAAUUUUUGUUGUUUCUUCUUCUUUUGGGGCCAAAAGAGACCAGAUUCAAAUUUGGUUUCUUCAAAGGCCAAGCAUUUUUUUUUUUUUUUCAGGAAACCCUUUUGCCAUCUUGGAUUCCAAGUUCAAAAACCAUCCAUGAAACUGGAGUAACCAAUAAUCUUCUUGUAGUAACAAUCAGAAAGAUACAAAAAACAUAUACAUUAUAAAUGAAACUGAAUUGCUUGUUUUGUUGUAUGUCUGAGAGACGAUUUACCAGACGUUCAUCAUCGAUACCAAGCAUCAAAGACUGCAUUCAUGCAAAUAACAAUCUUUCUAGAUUUGACAACAUUUCUUUUAAAACAGAUAGCAGUAGGCGAAGAUACAUAUCCGAAGAGAUAGCAAAACUUGGGAAAGGGAACAUCAGUGCUCAUAUUUUUACAUUCAGAGAGCUCUGCGUCGCCACCAAGAACUUUAACCCUGAGAAUCAGCUCGGUGAAGGCGGUUUCGGAAGGGUUUACAAAGGACACAUAGAAACCCCUGAAAAGGUUGUUGCGGUUAAGCAGCUAGACAGGAAUGGAUACCAAGGGAACAGAGAGUUCCUUGUUGAAGUCAUGAUGCUGAGUCUCUUACAUCAUCAAAACCUUGUCAAUUUGGUUGGAUAUUGCGCAGACGGUGAUCAACGGAUUCUUGUCUAUGAGUGUAUGCAAAAUGGCUCAUUAGAAGAUCAUCUUCUCGAAUUGGUGCGGAACAAGAAGAAACCGUUGGAUUGGGACACAAGGAUGAAAGUUGCAGCAGGUGCAGCGAGAGGGCUCGAGUAUCUACACGAGACGGCUGAUCCUCCUGUGAUCUACAGAGACUUCAAGGCCUCAAACAUAUUACUUGACGAAGAAUUCAACCCAAAGCUUUCGGACUUUGGUUUAGCUAAAGUUGGUCCGACAGGUGGAGAGACUCAUGUGUCAACGAGAGUGAUGGGAACGUACGGCUACUGUGCGCCUGAGUAUGCUCUCACAGGACAGCUCACAGUGAAAUCCGAUGUUUACAGCUUCGGAGUCGUGUUCUUGGAGAUGAUCACAGGGCGAAGAGUCAUCGACACCAAGAAACCAACUCAAGAACAGAAUCUAGUGACUUGGGCGAGUCCAUUGUUUAAAGAUAAGAGAAAGUUCACGUUAAUGGCGGAUCCGUUGCUUGAAGGGAAGUAUCCGAUAAAGGGAUUGUAUCAAGCGCUUGCAGUUGCAGCGAUGUGUCUUCAAGAAGAAGCAGAAACGAGGCCAACGAUGAGCGAUGUAGUCACUGCGCUUGAGUACUUAGGAGUGACCAAAGUCGAAGAAAAUAAUGAAACAGAUAACAACAACAACAAAGAAGAAGGAGAAGAUGAAAGAUCUUAAGCUUUAAGCAUUUUUUUUUAUGUCUUGAUACGUUGCACAAAUCUGUAACACAUCAUCAUGGAAUCAGGUUUUAGAGUUACAACAAGCAUUAUCAUAAACAAAUCAGUACAACAAACAUCA